CCCUCCUUGCUGUGUGCACUGCUCUGCGUUGCUGUGUCCGGCGAAGCAAAUCAAGAUGGCUCUCUCGAUUAGGCAGGCGACAGUGGAUGACCUCAUCCAGAUGCAGACGGCCAACCUGUGGUGCCUGCCGGAGAACUACCAGAUGAAGUACUACCUCUAUCAUGUCCUCUCCUGGCCUCAGCUGCUCUUCGUUGCCGAGGACCACAAGGGGAAGAUCGUGGGGUACGUGUUGGCGAAGAUGGAAGAGGACGCCAAUGUUCCGCCGCACGGGCACAUCACCUCCCUCGCGGUUCUACGCACACACCGAAAGAGAGGUAUAGCCACGCGCCUGAUGCGCUGCAGCCAGUUGUGCAUGCAGGAGUCCUUCGAAGCCCGCUACGUAUCGCUGCACGUGCGCGAGAGCAACAGGGCGGCAUUCCACCUUUACAAGACGACGCUGGGAUAUCAGAUCAACGACGUCGAGAAGGGCUACUACGCCGACGGCGAAGACGCGUACGACAUGCGCCUCCCCUUCCCCCAGAAGGAGCAGUCCCACGGGGCCAUGACCCCGCUCAAGCAGGUGGUGGCCGUCAAGCGAAAGGAGGAGGCUCCCAAGGCGUCCGCGCCCGUGGCGGCGGGGGGGGCGGCGGUAGCGGCAAGAGAGGGCGAGGGUCAACGAGGGGAGGGGGGCGCAGAAGGUGUGGAAGAGAUCUCGAGUAGCAUGGGGGAGUUGUCGGUAGGUGCGGGUGCUGAAAAGGCAUAGCGCGAGAGAAAAAAACUUUGACGAGGUUGUGUGAACUACGGGGGGUUUUGUGUUCAUCCUCCUCCGCUACCUCCCCACAGACACGCACGUGUGUACGUUUUUCUCUGUGAAAGACAUUGUUGUGCUGUGGCCGCUGGUGCUUUGUAGAGAGUCUACCCGAGAAUGUGGAAGAUUUGGUGCGAUAGAUUUCCUGCGGCACGCAGUAUCUUGAGUUGAAAGGUGAUCUUUUUAGCGAAGCGCUCGAGUUUUUUCUUUGUGGAAGGCAUUGUUGUGCUGUGACGGCUUGCUUUUGGAGUUUCUAGGCGAGAAUCUUGAAGGUUCGAUGCGAUUGGUGUUCUGCGGCACGCAGUAUCUUGUGUUGGAAGCCGAUCUUUUUUAGCGCUGGUGAUCGUGAGAGCUCAAUUGAGCGUCAGCACCAGUCUUGUAUGAAGUCCUGCCAGCGAAGAAAUCAGGGCGUUCCGGGGGGUUGCUUGUGCCGGUGGCUUCGCAGUUGAUUACCACGAUACGCCAUACGAUAGAGUCGGCCGAGUGUGCUCCGGCUUGUCAAAUGUGAUUGCAUAAGGGCAGGUAUUGUUAAGUAGAGACUUACGCCCAUCGUCUCGCGAUGUUGACGCAGUCGUCCUGCGACAAUGUGCUGCUGUAGGGCGGUAGCAAUGCCGGCGAAGGGCCCUGCGGGCAGGUUUGCCACAACAAGCUGUGAGCUCUGCGACCUGUUGUCAUCAGGUUGUUCCGUCACGCCUGGAUAUUAACGGUACUGCUGUCUACAAAGCAAAACUGCGUUCCAAUCUUUGUCACCUAGCAUGCUGCUGCUUCUGCUGCU